UAGCAUCAUAAUUUCAAGAAAACCAUGGACGUGUCACACAUGCUCAUCGUCGUUGGAUUAUCCCUGCUAAAGUUUGUACAGGGUGGUGAUUUGACUGUCACCAACAAAGUUUAUUUCGACAUAACCAUUGAUGGCGAAGAAAGUGGACGGAUCAUAUUUGGUGUAUUUGGAGAGGCGGUUCCCUUGACCGCCGAGAACUUCGUCCAGCUGGCUACCCACGCUAAUGGUUACGGCUAUAAAGGUAGCAAGUUCCACCGUGUCAUCAAGGAUUUCAUGAUCCAAGGCGGAGAUUUCUCCGCAGGCGACGGAACAGGAAGUAAAAGUAUUUAUGGGAAAUACUUUGCGAAUGAGAACUUCAAGCUUGCUCAUUAUGGAGCUGGAUGGGUCAGCAUGGCUAACGCAGGUGUUGAUACAAAUGGAUCCCAAUUUUUUAUCACAUGUAAAUCCACUUCAUGGUUGGACGGAAAGCACGUGGUUUUCGCAAAGGUGUUGGAGGGUAUGAGUGUAGUGCGACAGAUUGAAAACCUUGCUGUUGAUGUAGAAGAUCGUGAUAAGCCAUACUCUGAUGUUGUCAUCGCCGACUCUGGUGUCAUCGAUGUGGACACGCCAUUUGAUGUUGAUACAGGGCCUGUUGACUGACAACUAGUUGUUAACAAAAUAGUACAACUCAGGGCUAAAAUGACGCUUCUAAAGAAAAUGAAUGUCUAAACACAAAUUAGACUUGGGUGUAUGUUGAAAUCCAGUCUUAUGUUUUACUUCAAGUUGCACUUAAACUGUGUUAAAACUUUUAUAUUUUUCUAUGGGAAUAAAACAGCUAUUCUAGAAGUAGUUACAUUGUACCUGAAA